AUGGUAAAAAAAAGCGAUGCUUUUGCACGAAAGCAAGAAUUAGAGGAUUGGCAAAAAAUUGGCACACCACCGUUAGCUACAAUAAACGCUGCACCUGUGCCGAAAGAUGUGCCACGUUUAGAAGAUCUUACAAGUGAUCGUUCAUCAAGAAAUCAUGGCAGCGAGAAACGCCAACGCAUUACGAAAGCUGAAAAGAGGCUUCGUUCUGCUUCUUGUACCGAAAGUAGCUCCUCGAGCACAUCCUCAGCGUCAAUGGAUCGAGUUUGGUCGAUAUCAACUGUUAGUUCGGCUGCCUCCGAGGCGGUCACAAGCCACCGUACUAAAAAGCGUGAGGAGACUUCGCAUAAAAAUAAG